AUGCGUUCGUUCGUUACCUGCGCCGUCCUGGCCUCCGUCGCCUCCAUCGCCGCCGCCCAGGUCGCCCACCCUCUCUUCGAGUACCCCGACACCGUCCCCCUCGAGAAGCGCCAGGAGCCCGGCACCCCGCGCUACCAGUGCCACGAGGACUGCGGCCUUCUCAUCUCCCUCGGCCGCACCGAGGGCUACUGUGACAGCGCCGAGUUCAACGAGCGCUACGGCCGCUGCAUGUCCUGCGCCAACACCGAGGGCAUCUGGAUGUACUACCGCGCCAGCGUCACCGCCGCCGCCGCCGAGUGCGGUCUGGACGCCGUCCCCAGCCCCUCCGGCGGCGGCGCCGCUCCGGCCACAACCACCGCCGCCCCGGCUCCCGCCACCACCACUGCCGCUCCGGCCCCCCCGGUCAGCACCACCGCCACCACCUCUGCCGCUGCCGUCACUGAGCCCGCCGUCUCCGACACCUCCGCCGCCGCCCCUCCCGCCGGAGCUUCUUCCUCUUCUGCCGCUGCCGCCGCCUCCUCCUCGUCGUCUGCCGCCGGCGUCCCCGCCACCACCCUCUCGACCCAGGCCACCGGCGCCGCCGCCACGACCGGCGCCGCCACCGGCACCUCCACCGCCAGCCGCGUCCACUCCAUCGGGACCUCCGUCGUCAUUCCCUCCGGAACGCCCACCCCCACCGUCGUCUUCGCCGGCGCCGGCAAGAACGCCGCCGCCGUCGGCCUCGGCCUCGUUGGCAUGGUCCUCGCCGCCUUUUAA